AUGGAGUGUCUGGCACUGUGGAAGGAAGCUUCGGAGAACUACCUGUACGUAAGAUUGCUGGAUGUUGACGACGACGAAACAUAUCGAUGUCUGAAAUACCAGCACCAUGGUAAUGACGUGACGCUGUCUAUGAGUGUCGACGCAACCUGCCGAGGUCUCAAGAGUGCCGUGGAUGGUCCCUUCCUCAUGAAGUUCGUCAAAGCUGAUCUUUCGCUAAACAAAUCCAACCGUUGCCAUUUUCCUAAUUGGAUAAAGAAUACAACAUGGCGAGAUAUGGCUGGCCGGUUCAAAAUAUUAGCUAACGAAUCGGAGAACAGUUUGGUAGAACGUCAUCGCCGACCUAGCCAACCAAAAGACGACGUACACGCUGUACACAAGUGUAGGAGCAUUUUAUCAAAUUUCACAAAUGAGGCCAACGAACGAAUCCUCAUAUACCAUGUCCUCACUAUUCACAACUGCGUAUCACGGAGCACAUGCCUUCAAAUAAGGACAACCUCUUACAAUAUCAUGACUGUCUCCCAAGGUUACAUUUAUGGUGGAAAUGAUGAAGAGGACGACGAAGAUGACAACGACCAGGUGAAUGUCAAUGAAGUGAACAGGAAAUCCACAACAUCUGGAAAAGUGAGUUGUCCUCUACCAGGCAACCAUCACACGGCACCGGUCGGAACCUGCAUGUACAGGUUGAACGUUGGUUGCAACCAGGAAUCCACCAUACUCAUCGAACCAAGUUGCUCCACUGAUAGAAGGGAUGAUAACUUGGAAUGUCUUGCCACCUGGUCCAACAAACUGACCGUGUCUCAUUACGUAAUGGUCAGACAUAACAGAACAGGGGUCAUCAGUUGCUACAGUUUCAGGCGGGAGAACAACAUAGAAAUGUUUGGCUACGAUCCCAACUGCAUAUACAACAAAAUCAACAACAACAAUAACAGAGAUGGUUCUAUAAAUAAUAACGCUCACCACAACACCAUUUAUCAAAUUAAUAAACAAACAACGAACAACAACAACAAACUUUCAGUUCAUCGACCGCACCAACAGUCAAACAACCACUCGAGGCGAAAAUUUCCAACUAACAACAGCCAACUCAACCAGCAACAAAAUCUCAUAUCAACCAGACGUUUCGAUACUGUGGUUACGACAACGACGACAUCUCACAAACAUCUUCUGGACGUCAGUUCAUCCUUUGAAGACACGAACAUCAAGAAAAACUUUGUCAUCCCAGGCGGCAACGAUGAUGACGACUACGACGACGAUGACGAAUACAAUGAUAAGGACGAUGAGUACGAUGACGACGACGACAACGAUGAUGAAGACAGUGGAAUGACACCCGGUGGCAAGAAAAGAGGAACAGACCACAGCAACAACAAACCAAACAGGAACAAGCAUCUAAACACAAACAGCAACAACAACAAGCAUUCCACCAAAUAUACUAACAACCACAGAUUCGACACGCACCAAGAAGACCCACUAAAUCCAGAUCUUUGGCAAAACCCUAAAAAAGGUGUAUUGAGGUCGUACAACCCAACAGUCACAACAACGCCAACAACAACGACGACACAAUUGCACUUGUGGAGGCGAGUGACUAACAUGCACCAGCAACCACACCAUCAGAAACCAACUUCUAUCUACAAACACUUCAACAAAGUUGCUCAGCAGACCAACAAGCAUGGACGUGUUGCAAUUAUUGAUGGCAACACUCUAAAACACUCUUCAGCAUUGUCGUCAUCGUCGUCGUCGUCAUCUAUGUCAUUGUCAUGGUGGUUACACUUCAUCGUUGUUCACCUGGCGAUAUCAUUAACAAGUCCGUCGUAUUUGUUCGACAUUAUCAUUUCAAACAUUACAAAAUUCUCAACAUUUAUGUCAACAGAAGAGCAAAAAAAACGUUUUAAAUAUCAUAUCAGUAAGAAAGUUUUGUUGAAAAUACUUUGCAAAAUUUGGAAGCCUCUUUUUAUAGAAAGAUUGCACGCUCGACAACAAUAUGACAACAGUUUAUUAGCUGACACCAAGGUUAGUAGCCGCAACCACAAAUUCAACCAAUUUGGAAGUUUCAAUGGAAGUAACCGCAACACCACCCAUGCCACCACCGACAACAGAAGGGACAACAACAACAUCGAUCUUCAAUACUGUCACAAAUAUGAAUCCAACAUCAAUGCAAUCGUUAAUGAGUCUGUCAAUAGAAUUGACAUUGUUAAUGUGAAAAAUGAAAAUAAUUCUCUGAACAGCAGGAAAAUAACAGCAGACAUUGAUAACAGCGAAACAACUCACACGCACAUCUCUAACCAGCAACUUCUUCCAACCUAUCAUUUGUACUGCCAACUCAACCCAACAGUCAAAAACCCAUCAGACACCAGUCACACAGCACACGUUCAGUUAUCCAAGCAUCUUCUCAGUGACGAACUUUCUCCGUUGGGUUUGAAUGUCUCGUAA